AUGACGCUUCCAGAUCUCACCUACAUCGCUGCUCCAAUGGUAAAGCAAAGUGAUGCUCCCUUCCGGCUGUUGACACAGCGAUAUGGGGCAACUCUCGCGUAUACGCAGAUGCUUGAUCCUCACAAACUUCUUGAGGAUCGAGAUUACCUCGAGUUUCAUCAGCGUGAUCUAACUCUUGGUCGCGGUGCUCGGCGGGGGACGGCUGAACCCGUCGUGGUGCAGCUAUGUGGAAAUGACCCUGAGACCAUUGUUCAAGCUGGAAAGAAGAUGCAAGGCCUCUGUGACGGUAUUGAUUUGAACCUAGGAUGCCCGCAAGAGCAUGCCCUUGAAGGUCAUUAUGGUGGUUAUCUUCUAGCCAAGAAGGAUUGGCCACUUGUUCAGUCCAUAGUUUCUGCGAUGUCCCAUCUGUUGCAGCCACCGACCUCCGUAAAACUUCGUCUCUGUCCUUCAUCGUCACCCCCAUCUUCCACAGUUGAAUUUGCCGCCCUUCUGGAACAUGCAGGCGCUUCUUGGGUAACCCUUCAUGCGCGUCAUGUAUCUGCCAAACGACGGCGCCAGGGAGCAGCAAAUCUAGACGUGGUGCGCGCUGUGAAAACCGCACUCAAAGUACCAGUCGUAAGCAAUGGCAACGUUCGUACGUGGGAGGAUGUACAGAAAAACAAGGCUGAAACUCAAGCUGAUGGCAUUAUGGUAGGAGAAACCUUACUCGGCAAUCCUUGCGUAUUUACAAAUGUUGUACCGGACCCCGUUCGAAUAUCCCUUGAAUACCUAGAAAUAUGCAAAGAGUUACACGACGUAGCGACAUAUAUGACUAUCGAGGCCCAUGUUAAACAUUUUAUCGAAUUUCAGUGCUCUCGGCGGCCAUGGUAUAAUAAAUUUCGCACAGCACUGUCUUCGUGUGAAGAGGUUCACGACAUCGAGCACUUACUACGCACGAAAGUGACCAGAUGGCGGGGCAAGGCUGCACCCAAAGAUUAUAACCCUUGUAUCGACGAUCUGGAAUAUACAACGGAUUAA